UGCAAAAUUUUCGAUUUCGAAGUUGGAUUUUUCGAAAAUAUUGAUUUUUGCUUACAAGUAUAGUUUUAUGUGUGAAUAGUUGCUAAAUAAAUAGCACAAUGGUGGAGAAACCGACGCGAAGCGUUCAGACGCAGCCAAAAAAAUCUAGAUUAGAAAUGAACGUACGGCAAUUGCUAAACAAAUGUGAGCAGAUCGCCAAGGAUGAACCGGUGGACUCCAACUGGAGGCUCCGAAAGUACGUGGAAGCUUUGACUGAGAUGAUGACUGAGCUGAAAACUGGACCUGACAAACCAGCUAAAGAUGAACUUGCUGAGUACACUAAAAGGACUUCUUUCCUGCUAGGCCUCAUCCAAACAGCCACUCUAAAUAGCCCUAUUGAAAAGCUGGAAGCAGUCCAGCAGUUGUCGCACGGUGUGGCGACAGUCAGCGCUGAUGCUGCAGCCCAGGAGAUCCACCAGAAGACUGUAGCCAAGUACGGAGUGGAACUGAGAUCAGAAUUGUUUGGUUUAGAGGACCCAGACGAUGCUCUUCGUAAACGGAACAUAAUAAAAGCACCAAACUUCACGAGCAACAGCAGCAGCCAAGAAGACAUCGACUCCUUGCUGAAAUACCACCAGAACAUGCAGGAGAAGGUGGCUGAGAACAUGGUCAUGCUUACGAGGAGUUUGAAGGAGCAGUCGCAAAUUGCUAGCACAAUUAUUAAAGCAGAUACUGAGGCAUUGAAGAAAUCAUCUGACCUGACAGACCGCAACAUGAUGUCUUUGAAGAAGGAAUCCACCAGAUUACAGGAGCACAGCCGGAGCGCCUGGAAGUGCUGGCUGUGGAUCAUGAUAGCUGUUGUCGUAGCCAUUUUUAUAAAUAUGGUGCUCUUCAUGAAAGUUAUGAAGAAACGAAAAUAUGAACUAUAAGUGGUAUGUAACUUUAGUUUUUUGUAUGUUAUUUAUCUCUGUGUAAUCUUAAUACAUACCUGUUUAAUUAUGAAUCAUAAUUACGUAGUCAAUGUUACAGUUAGCUCUAAAUGACACUUUAAAAUAUUUAUUUAUUUAUGUAUACCUACUUGAUUAUACCUAUGUGUAUUGUAUUUAAUGUAACUUAUUUAAUAUCGUGUAAAUAUAGUUUUAAAAACAUGGCUAAUUAAUUAAGGUGCAAUAAAUCUAAAUCUACAGAGAAAGUUGUUUCAUUAACAAAAAUAAAACACCACAUUUAAGUAAUUCAUUUAAUUUAUUUUUGUUUCUUUUGUCUAAUAAAUACUCAAUAAAAUUAAUUCGAAGUAAGAUAUAAUUUUUCAAGUACCAAUAUCGUUUGGUCCUUCUAGAUUUUCUAAGGAUACGGACUCUACAUAGCAAGUAUAUUUUUUCUUAAUCGCAAUUGGUAUAGUAAAAUAACUAUUUAAAGUAAUUUUUAUGCCUAUUUGGCAAUAAAAACUUCAAUUGCCGCGAAUAAUUCUCUACGAAAAUUACUGAAUUCAAUUCCGUCUAUAUUAUAUUACGUUUCUACUCCAAUCGAGUAUUAAAUUUUAAUCUGUGCGUGAUUCUAUUGGACCUUUGCUU